UCUCAAGCAUCUGGACUGCCUGAGUACAUAAAGAUUGUAGAAGUUGGGCCAAGGGAUGGAUUACAAAAUGAAAAGGUGAUAGUACCAACUGAUACCAAAAUUGAGUUAAUCAACCGGCUUUCCAAAACAGGCCUGCCUGCAAUAGAAGUGACCAGUUUUGUUUCAUCCAAAUGGGUGCCUCAGAUGGCAGAUCACAAAGAAGUAAUGAGGGGCAUUGAGCGGCAUCCUGGAGUUCAGUAUCCUGUUCUCACACCUAAUCUUCAAGGUUUUCAUUCUGCUAUUGCAGCAGGGGCUACAGAAGUCUCAGUAUUUGGUGCAGCAUCUGAAUCUUUUAGCAAAAUGAAUAUUAAUUGUUCAAUUGAAGAAAGCAUAGAAAAAUUUGAAGAAGUUGCUAAAUCUGCAAGGAAUAUGAAUGUUCCAGUGCGUGGGUAUGUGUCAUGUGCAUUGGGAUGCCCAUAUGAAGGAAACAUCAUACCAGCUAAAGUGGCAGAAGUAUCUAAGCGGCUGUACAGUAUGGGCUGUUAUGAAAUCUCUCUGGGGGACACAAUUGGUGUGGGGACUCCUGGAAGUAUGAAAAGAAUGUUGGAAGCUGUUAUGAAAGAAAUUCCUCUGAGUGCCCUUGCUGUUCACUGUCAUGACACGUAUGGCCAGGCGUUAGCCAAUAUCCUCACAGCUAUACAGAUGGGAGUUGCUGUAGUGGAUUCAUCAGUUGCAGGACUGGGUGGUUGUCCCUAUGCAAAAGGUGCUACUGGAAAUGUAGCCACAGAGGAUGUGAUAUACAUGCUUAAUGGUCUGGGGAUCAAUACAGGAGUAAAUCUUUAUAAAGUGAUGGAAGCUGGAAACUUCAUCUGUACAGCUUUGAACAAGAAAACAAACUCAAAAGUUGCACAAGUUUCCUUCAAUACUGGAACUAUCAAUUAGAUGGAUUUUGCAGCUUAAUUACGUUUGUCAUCUACCUUGACCAAGGACAUUUAUAUCAAGAAAACAAAUAUAAGAAAACCAUUUCAGCAAAGAACCAAAAUAGAACUCAUAUAUAACUUUUUAUUUUGGGAAGAGUUACUCUACUGUACUGUCUUGUCAAGAAUUGUCUGAUUUGUUGGUAAGACAUAUGUGACUGUAGUACAGAACCCUAUGCUUGGUACUUCUACAGAUGAGAAAAAUAUAUAAAUGCCAGGACAUUUUACCAUGUUUUAAAUUGAAUUUUAGUUCUUUUCAGGAAAACUGAAUAGAAGCAGCAAAUGUAUAGUUAAUUUUUAAUCAAGAUGACUUUUAGAACAGUACAAAUAUUUGCAGUAGUUUAUGAGAUCCCACACUGUGUGUGGCCAUUCUAUUAUGUGUUUUAUUUAUCUGAAUCUUUACUUUUCAUUUGUCAAGUCAGUUGUGUUAUGAACAUGGAGCCAAAUCUGAAUUCACCAUAAGAAUUUUUUAGCAAUAGCACUUUUUUAUUUCUGUUUUGUUUAACAUCUGUUAAGUAUAUUGAUGACUUUAUCUUGUUCCAAGACUUUGUGGUGAAUGGAAGUCUGCCAG